AUGCUACUUGGAGUUGCCUCACUGCACAGUGACAGAGCCAUCAAUGGAAGAAACAAAAAAGAAUAUCCGACAAACUCUACUCCCACAAAUUAUUUGAAGCGUUUCAUUCCCAAAACGAGUGCAGCUGCAGUAAAGCCAAGCAAUCGUCUGAUUACGACAAAUGAUCUAGAAGCCAUAUCAAGCGCAGUAAAUCGCCGUAUUAGAAAAAAUGAUGCAAUUCGGAACAACAGAUUGAAAAGAUUUUUUUGGAAGAUUCCAUGGUUCAUGACGACAACAACAACAACAACUACUACUACUACUACCACUACUACUACCACUACUACUACCACCACUACCACCACCACUACUACUAUUACCCAGACAACGCAACAAAGACCUUUGUCAAAAAUCAUAUUGAUUUGCGGCGCUGGAGUAGUUAUACUCAUAUGUUUAGUGGUGAUUGUCAUUUACUUGUGCAAGCGACAUAAAAGGAGAUUGCCAACAAUAGAAGAGCCCCAACAUAAGGCAGUGAGGAGAAAGAGGACUGGAAAAGCGCCUCCACCAAAAGCAAGAACAAUACUGAGUUGGCUACCAUUGAAACCACGAAGAAUGGAAGCGGCAACUCUAGACUAUAAGCACACUAAGCAGGUUCCGUUAGUGAUGAAAGCAGAGCUUGAAGGAGAAGUGAAACACGAGCUGGAUGACGAAUAUUCGCAGGCUCUUUCUAGAGUAUCUUUUGAUCCAGAACAGAAUACUAUCGUUUAUAUAGGAUCGCAGAUCGAACAAAUAGAAGGAGCUUCUGAAAAGCCUAAUGCUCAGCCAGCGGCCUUGAAAAAACGAAGCGCAGAAAAGAUCGAAACAGUGCCAAAGCCAAAUAGCGCAGAGAAAGCUUCAAAAACGCAUAGUGCAGAAAAUGCAUCGAAAACGCACAGUACGGAGACAACUAAAACCCGGAGCUCGGAAAAGACUAAAUCACAGAGAUCGGCAGAAGGAGUUCAAGAUUUGGCUCAUCAGAAACAUCACGGAAUAGGAGAGUUGGUGCGAUCCAAACGCAAAAAGAAAAAAUAGUUUAAAUGUUUGGAAGGGAAGCAUAUCACAUGUUUUAUCAUCAAAUCUGUACUAAAGUCGGCAAAAGAUAUUAACUUUAAGAGAA